GUUUCCAGUCUCAUCACUUAAUUUACAAACCUCGUAUUUAAUGCCAGUAUGUGCCUUGACCCAGAUAUCUUGACUUCUCAGUGCUCGAAGCUUUUGUUUAAUGCUACCUGAUAUUGGGCUUAUAUUAGAUAACGGUGGCAAGUUAGACUCCAACAAUUUCAGAACAGAUAAUGAGUCAGACCCAAUCUAUUUUGAGUGUCGCACUGUGGCUCGUAACUGAAUACGGCCCUGUACUAAAACAAAUUCAAUAAUCGACAACUAAUGCCUCAAAAAUGUAUUUCUAACGACAAUAUAUCAAACCUAAUAUCUUCUUAAUAGCUCUACCUACGUUCUUCUUCUGGGAAACAAAAACCACAUAGUGAUGCGCAGUCCGACAGGCUUAUCAGUUACUGUACUAAAAAAGUGUGUAUGUUAUUCCAUUAAUAGGUCAUCUGUGUAAUCAUACUCUCGAUAAUGAAUUGACUGCUGUUUCAGUAUGUUAAUCGGCUUCUUAAGGUGAUGGUGUGAAUGCUACGAUCGUUUUUCUUCAUCGAAAGCUAUGGAUUUCAACGUCGUUCUACUCAAUAAUAAUAAGUCGGCCGAGAUCAAACUCCAGAUCGUCCCAGCCCAGCCGAAGAAGUUAACGCAUCUUCCAGAGAGACCAAAAGUCGAUUUGGCCUUCUCCAACCUCAGGUACACCGUCAGACAAGGAAAAAAGGAAAAGGUCAUCCUGAAAGAUGUCAGCGGCAGACUGCGUUCAGGCGAACUUUGCGCCAUUAUGGGGCCUUCAGGUGCUGGAAAAUCGACACUACUCAAUAUACUUACCGGAUACAAAACCGAUGGAACCAGUGGCCAAAUAUUCAUGAACGAGAGAGAAAGAGAUUUAAGCCAGUUCAGAAAACUAUCUGCCUACAUCAUGCAGGACAACCAACUUCACGCAAAUCUUACAGUAGAUGAAGCUAUGGCUGUAGCUGCGAAACUGAAAAUCGGUAGCAAAAAAUCACAUGAACGAGAAGUUAUAAUUACAGAAAUCUUGGACACGCUAGGUCUCUUGGACCACAGAAGAACUAUGACAAGUGGUCUGUCUGGUGGUCAGAAGAAGAGACUGUCUAUCGCUUUGGAGCUUGUUAGCAACCCGCCAAUCAUGUUCUUCGAUGAACCUACUAGUGGUUUGGAUUCGUCAUCCUGUUUCCAGUGUAUUUCCCUAUUGAAAACAUUGGCCAAAGGUGGCAGAACGAUCAUUUGCACCAUCCACCAACCUUCUGCCAGAUUGUUCGAGAUGUUCGAUCAACUGUACACCUUGGCCGAUGGACAGUGCGUCUAUCAAGGUUCCACCAAACAGUUGGUACCGUGGCUGGGCACCCUCGGACUCCAAUGUCCAUCGUACCAUAACCCUGCCUCGUACAUCAUUGAAGUGGCUUGCGGAGAGUACGGAGACCAUACCAGGAAGCUCGUCUGCGCAAUUGAUAACGGAAAGAACGACAUUCGCGACGGCAAGGCUUUCCCAGAGUUGAAGAUCAACGAUGGUUUGAACAACGCCCAGAAGUAUGCUGAGGAUAAUUUGAAUUCGAUCAUAGCUAAUCAGUUGUCCAAGGGGUCUAAUACCGAGCAGACUGAUCAGAAGAAUCUGAAUGGUGUGAUCCCAGAUCCAGUGAAGGAAGGGAUUGUCGAUGGAAAAGAUGUGGAAAAAGUAGAUGUCAGUUCCGCCUUAUUAGAAACUUCUAUUCCUGUGAAACAACCUAGAUACGGAAAUUCAGAGUUGCAGCAGUUUUUUAUUAUACUGAAGAGAGCACUACUUUUCAGUAGAAGAGAUUGGACCCUUAUGUAUCUUCGACUCUUCGCCCACAUCCUGGUAGGCUUUCUGAUCGGUGCCUUGUACUUCAAGAUCGGUAACGAUGGUGCGAAAGUGCUGAGUAACCUUGGAUUUUUGUUUUUCAACAUGUUGUUCCUGAUGUAUACCUCGAUGACUAUCACCAUUCUGUCCUUCCCGCUUGAGAUGCCCGUACUGCUGAAGGAAAACUUUAAUCGAUGGUACUCGCUACGGUCAUACUACUUGGCUAUCACGAUAUCGGACAUGCCUUUCCAGACAAUCUUCUGCGUUAUUUACGUCACGAUAGUCUACUUCAUGACUUCACAACCGCCUGAGCCUCAUCGGUAUGGAAUGUUUUUGUUGGCAUGUCUGCUUGUGUCGUUCGUAGCUCAAAGCGUCGGUCUUGUAGUGGGAGCUGCCAUGAAUGUACAGAACGGAGUCUUCUUAGCUCCUGUGAUGUCCGUGCCGUUCCUGCUCUUCUCAGGCUUCUUCGUUUCCUUCGAUGCUAUCCCUGUCUACCUUCGCUGGAUCACCUACCUUUCCUACAUCAGAUAUGGUUUCGAAGGUACCGCUCUCGCAACCUACGGUUUCGACAGACCAAAAUUGCAGUGUUUCGCUAAAUACUGUCACUUCAAGUACCCCAAGACAACCCUGGAAGACCUCGACAUGGACCAGUCCAGCUACAUGGUCGAUAUCAUCGCUUUGGUCACCAUCUUCUUCGUGCUCAGGGUAGCGGCCUUCUUGUUCUUGAGAUGGAAACUGAAGUCCAACCGUUAAGGUACUUUUUGAGGGCGCUUAUAGUUCCGUAAACAGGGUCUUCUGGAAGUGAGGUGCAGUCGAGAUGAAAGGUGCGUGCAUAUCAAAAAAAAAUCAAACUCAACAAACUUUUAAUACGACGAAUAAUUGUCCGUGUUCUUGGUACGACUGGUAACCGCGGAUCCAAUAUAAACAUCUAGAUAAAACUAGUGAAAAAUAUGUGUAGUUCAACGCAUUUUUUCAAUAAAGCAUAUUUUAACGAUGUGGAUCAUUAUAACACUUGACUUCGCCAGUUUGUAAUCAUUUUGACUGGAAUCUCUAUCAACAGGUUUCCAGGAAUUGUUGUUAUCGUCAUAAGCUAAAUACGUCAUUUGUUAGCUGUCGCCGUAACAUUAAAAAAAAACAUGGAAACAAUUGUACUUGUCUUACAGCCACACUUGUGAGGUCAUAUGAAACUGAUCUAUUCGACUGUAUUAAAAAUUUUUCAUAAACUUGCUCCACUUUUUGCAGUUCAUAGCGAAUGUUUUCAUCUCCAUUCUUCACCAACAGUUUCUUCUUCAUAGUCCAGUGCAAGUAAAAUUAUUUCUCUCAUAUACUGCUUCUUAUAUAAAUGAAGUUAAAAAGCUUGCAGUUUGUAGCCUUGACAGAAUUCACAGAAAUAAAAAGCAGUCAUAUAUUAUGGCUAAUUUGAACAAACUUACUUAAGAUUCAUGAUUACUCGAGAAGAUAAACCCACGCGCAUACGUUCAGUCUCUUUCGCACGCGUGACGUUACUCGGCGGAAAAAUACUUUCAGAAAUAUAAAAAUUGCGACUGCUUGCCUUAAACGAUUUUCCAUGUAAGUAAAAUUUAUGUACGCACCUUCUUGAUAAUUAAAAUAUUAUUUAUAGUUAUGGUUGAAGCAAAUUUGUACUAGGUAAAAGGUAUACGUAUUUUUAUGUUCUAAACAUAGUGUAAAGUAUAAUUAUUAGGAAUGACAGAUCUACUUUGAUGAUAUUGAAAAAACUUUCUUUGUGUUACACCUAGAUAUACGAAUUCCGGCUGACAUAAUUUUGAAAGUUUACUUGUUGAACCUUUGAGAUGAUAAAAAAAUGUUGAUUUUUGUAGAGUUUUAUGUUGAAAUUAAUUUCACAAACAUUGUUUUUUAUUUCAUUUUAUUUUAUUUAUGGCAAUGUUUUUAUGUUACUCUCUGUCAGUGCCGAACUCAUUAUGCAAUAGUAGAAAAUUAGUAAACUUAUCGAAUGAUAUGCAUAUAAUGCUGUUUGAUUUAUAUUUCAUAUGAAAAAGAUUACUAUUUGUGAUUUAGAGUAGGGGCUGUGAAAAUGAAAAUAUUAAAAGAAAAUGAAAUAUUAACUUGCCAGAAUUGCCCAUGACUAUAAAAUUUUCAUCGUUGAUGUUCAACAAAUCCAACAACACACGCUUUUCCAUACUAAGGAGCCUAGAGGAGUGUGUGGUCUUAUAAUUUCCCCUAACGUGGGGAAAAGUUAAUUAAUUUUCCUUACGACUGUACUAUUUUACUUUAAUAUGCAUGAUUAUAAAUUGUUCCAUUUGUUGAACAUCUCUUGAAAAAACAAUUAUAAUAUAAACAAAAUGUACAUGAUUAGUUUAUAUUUACUUUCUGCUUUAACAUGUUUUUUUGUAUUCAUAUGGCGAACAUUUCCAUUCCUUUCAAUUAACUUUUUGUAGAUUUUGAGUUAAGGAAAAAUUGGUGUUGAAAUAGUAACGAUACUUUAUGCAACACGAUUUGCUAUUACAGUUAUUCAAAAAUACACUUAAGCCAGUUUUGUAUAAGUUCCAAGACAGCGCAUAUAUUUUUAAUAUUUUUGUACUAUGGAUAUUGUUAAACUUUUAUAAUGUUAUACAGUUUAAUAAAUAAACAAUUUUACAGUU